CAGUAUUUGGAAACACCACCAGUUUCUCCUUCAAGGUGUCCACACGGUUGAAAAAAAAAAUGACUUUGUCCCGUCAGCUCAGCUAAUAGUUGAUCUAUUAACGUCAGACACACUCUCCACAGGAAAUGAUGCCACACCUUAAACGACAUUUGAGCAGGUAAAAGGUGAACACUAAGCCAGAAGAAAACGUCUUCAUCAGACUGCGUGAGUACCUGCCUGUACUUGUAUGACCUGAAUGGGGCAGCGAGGCUCCACGCAACCCGAGGCCCGGGUCCUCAUUCUGGGUCUGGACAACGCGGGCAAGUCGACCCUCCUGUACAAGAUGAAACACGACAAGUUGGUCGGCACCGUCCCCACCGUCGGCUUCAAUGUGGAAAUGUUCGACGUGAAGAGGAAAAAGAAGAACUUCGCUCUGACCGUGUGGGACGUGGGCGGCCAGGCGGAAAUGCGUCGCCACUGGCGGAGCUUCCACCAGGACACGGCGGCCGUCGUCUUCGUGGUAGACAGCGCCGACCGGGCCAGGGCGGCGGAGGCAAAGCGGGAGUUGGAGCGCACGCUGAGGAGCGAGCAGCUCCGCGGCAGCCCGCUCGCCGUGCUCGCCAACAAGCAGGACGUGGACGGCGCUAUGACCGUGAUGGAAAUCAUAGACGAAUUUAAUUUGCGGAGGAUUUGCGGCAACAGGGACUGGUUCAUCCAACCGUGCUCCGCGUCCGUGGGCUUCGGCCUGGCGGAGGCUCUCACGAGGAUCGGCCACAUGGUCAAACUCCCGUCGGAAUCUUCGGCCACGAUGAAGGAGAACAUUAAAGAUACCGUGAAUUACAUAAGAACUAAGUCUGGUAAUCAUUGAAGGUGGAUUUGGAUUUUGGACUCCCUCGGUAUGUUAACACUGACACAGUUGUGGUGGUUGUACCAGAAUUGAUUUGAGGUGCGGUCUUGAAAAGUGGGCAACAUAAUACAUCUUCCACGAUUCAAAUUUCAACCAUUUUCACUUCACUUUUGUAAGCAAGUUUAACUUGGGUAAACGUAAAUACUGUAAUUGAAACGUCGACGUCAUUUAAACUAAACAUUGAUUGCAGUUUUGAAAUCUUAAAACACUUGCAGCAGUACUUUAUCCCGUUUUCAUCAAAUGCAAUCACACUGUAGUGCACUCAUGGGCUGACGUUUUGAAAUAUUCCUUCAUAUAAAUAAAUCAAAGUUUAUUUAUAUAGCACUUGUUAUACAUAAAUCUGCAACUCAAAGUGUAGUGCAAAAGAAAAAAAAAGCAAAGUUAUGUAACGAACAUGACACUAUAUUGUAGGUAAUACAUUUCAUUUGAAUUGUGGUUUGGGGAUCCUGUCAAUAUUGGACAUAUUUACACAAUUGUAUUUUGUAAGCAACUUAGUUUGAACUGUGGCAUGCUUCACACAAAACAUGUAACAUGUCACAGCCUUUGUGUUGACGAAAAUGGACGAGAUUAUUGAAAUCUUAUAUUCAACAUUGAUAUAAAGUAUAUUGCAGUCAUACAUUU